ACGGAAGUGCGAGGUUUUUGCCGUCGCACGGCGAUCGUGAGGAUGGCGCGACUCGUCUCGGCCGCGUUCUUGGCCUUCUCUUUGCUUCUUGAAGGCGGCCACUGCGGGCUCGUGAACGUGACGGACAGCGUCUUCGGGCAGAUCGGCCGCGGCUCGCUCGCCGCCUUCGGCGACUUUAAUUCUGACAAGCAGACGGACGCGUUUAUUGUCACCGACAAGAAGAAUGUGACCAUAUUGCUGUCUGGAGGAAAGAAAACGUACUUUUCAAAAUACCUCUCCUUCGCCGCAACAGACGAUGGAAUUGUGACCAGCGUGGUACCAGGUGACUACGACGGGGACUCGCAGAUGGAUGUUCUCGUCGCCACAACACUCGAUAAUGUAUUUCAGCAACUCACCGUUUAUUGGGGAAACCAAGGGAAGACAGAAAACCACACGAAACUGGAGCAGCUAUUUAAAGACGAGCCCCUCGUAUUAGACUUUGAUGGCGACAUGAUACCAGAUGUUCUGGGAGAAAUUAAGGGAGAAGAAAAGAGUUCAAUUUGUUUCCUGAAAAACAGAUUGGUGAACUGCGUGGAUGCCCUCCAAAGCAGCGGGCGCUUUGCCAGUCCACACUCUCACGCCUUCUUGGACCUAAACCGAGACUUCACUGCAGAUUUGUUUCUCACCAACCAAGAUGGCCAUCAAGUCAAGUAUGACAUGUGGUACAACGUGAAUGGAAAUUUCACAUACGGCCAGAGUCUGCCUCCUCCAGCGGACUUAAAAGUCAUCGGGCAGUCGGCGUUUGCUGAUUUCGAUGGAGAUGGAGGUCAGGACCACCUGCUCCCAGGCUGCACGGACAGCGAGUGCCACACCAGCGUCAUUUAUCUCAACAAGCCCGGCUCGCAAGUGUGGACCAACGUGUCGGGCAGUUUCCGCAACAGAGAUGUGGAAUGGCGCUUCAAAGGGAUGAAGGCCAACGAGAGCCCCACAGGCUUCGGCCUGCCCAUCACGCUGCACAUGGGAGACUACAACAUGGACGGCUUCCCCGACGUCCUGGUCAUACUCGUCAACUCCUCUGAUAGCUCACGGACCGCGUUUCUGCUGGAGAACGUGCCCUGCACGGAGCCAAGCUGCAGCGCUGCAGGGCGGAUGCUGCAGCCCCUGUGGGACCUUCCUGAGCUGACCCGGCUGCCCAACGCCUUGGUCGCCACGUUCUUCGACCUUUACGAAGACGGCAUCUUGGACGUGCUGGUGAUGGGAGGGGACCUAUCUCUCUACGCACUGCACAAUUCCUUCGAAUCUGAUGCAUAUUUCGUGAAAGUCAUCGUGCUCAGCGGGCUGUGCUUUUCUUCCUGCCCAACGCACACCCAGCCGUUCGGCGUGAAUCAGCCGGGUCCCUACGUGCAGUACACAUCCGUGGACGCCAACGGCUAUCAGAAAAAUGCUUCUGCGGGACAGCUGAGCCAGUCGGCGCACCUCUCCCUGCAGCUGCCGUACGCCGUGCUGGGCCUGGGCCGCAGCGCCAACUUCAUCGACCGCCUCGCCGUCGGCAUCCCCCGCCCGCCCGGACAGCAGGAGCGGCGGCGGCAGGAGUGGACGUCCAUCAUCCCCAACUCGCAGCUCAUCGUCAUCCCCUUCCCUAACGACAAGCCCAGGAGCUGGAGUACCAAGCUGUAUCUGACUCCCAGCCAAGGUUUGCUGACGGGCAUUGCCCUGCUCUGCAUCUGCAUUGCCAUCCUCAUCAUCAUCGGUAUCCUGCACUGGAAUGAGAAGAAAGCAGACGAUAAGGAGAAACGGCUCGAGGCUCACCGAUUCCACUUUGAUGCCAUGUAGACGCAGCGGCGACGUGCACACUCACCACGAACGCACUUCACGACACUCCCCACGCGUCACCCGUGUCACUUGCUCCAACCGUUGCGGCAGGUUUCUGGGGUGGCAGGUGACAACGUUCGGCCCCGUUCGCUGCUCGGUUUCAGGCUGGCUCAACCUAAGGGAGACCCAAAGCCAGGUCUAGACACCCCCCCCCUAACAGCUGCACCGCCGCUCCCCACGUAACCCACACAAACGCACGCAAUUAGUAGCGCGCACACGCACACACACACAUUCAUCACAACUGCACCCCUCGAUUGUUGUUUUAAUACGUUACAAUUGGUGACAGGGCGGGGGGGGGGGGGUCCUAUUCAUUUUGUUUCUUCUUUAAUCCUCGAACCUCAUCAGCUCACCCAACGGCCUCUGCUCGAACCCCCCCCCCCCCCCCAAGUGAGCGGGUGCCCCAUGGGUGACCUCGACGCCUCUCGAUUGAGUGGACCGGUGGGGAGGGAGCGGAGGGGACGGGGGGUGCCGCACUCCACGCCGACGCGCGACCAGAGGUCGCAACCGGGUACCCGAUACCCGUACCCUACCCGAUACCCGGCUACCCGUACCCAGCCGGGUACGGGUACGGGUACCCGUUUGCGACCCUGGUGCGGCCGGGUACGGAUACGGGUAGACCGUGAGUCACUGGUGAGUCACCGUUUGUCACUCAUUUCCCAACGUCUUGUCUCUUCUCACAAUUCAAGUUCCUAAAAUCAACCCACCUGCGCCUGCAACAUGGCUUCAUCCCAGAGGUCGCAAUCAGGUACCCUGAUACCCGUACCCUACCCGUACCCGGCCGGGUACGGGUAGGGUACGGGUACGGCCGGGUACGGGUACGGGUACCCGUUUGCGACCCUGGUGCGGCCGGGUACGGGUAAGGAAUCAAAACCCGUUUGCGAUCUCUGCGCGCGACCCGGCUCGGCGCGCCAAACUGCCCGCGGCACCGCGAUCCGUCGCCGUCGACGUGAAUCGUGCGAUGCACGUGACGCGACGGCCGAGCCCGCCGGCCGUCGCCUGCCCCCUUAACACCGAGAGAGCAUCGAAAUGCGCUUGCAUGGACCCACGAGCGUUAUCGGGGCACCUUGAUUUAUCAAAGGUGAAGAAUCCCCUCCCCGAUAUAGCCUUAACAGAUUUUUUUGGGGCGAGUGCUGUUCGCGAGCACCUAUGAAGUCCGGCACGUUACACGAGGGGGUGGGUGGACGGCACCACGCCCGAACGCCUUUGUCUCCCCAGUCACGAUGUUUACACAACGCACCAGGUACUCAUUUGAGGCUGAGCCGACCUACGGGAGGUCCAGGACCGGUUCAGAUCAUCGUUACCGGUGGUGGCUGUGUCGCCGGGUUCGUAGUGCAGCGCGUUCGGCACCCACCGCGCCCAGCCACCUUAUAUCGCACACGCAAACACACGUAUGCGACGUGCACAUGCAUGGGCUGAUUCAAUACUCGUUCAGUGUUCAUUAUAACGUGGGCUAGGGCUGUUGUGGGAUCACGCAUUUACUUGUAAGAUGGGUUCUUUAAACGGAGUUAUUUGAAGAAAUGUCGGCAGUUCAACAAAUUAGGCACCCUCGCUGUUUGUGCAAAGGCAGUUAAUUAUCAAAUUUUACUGAAUAGGGGUCAUUGAUGACAAGUCAAUGGUUUGAAGCAGAUAUGAAACUCAGCUUAAAAAGGUUAAAUAUAAUUAUCUCUGCAUUGGACAGCAUGGUAUUUUAUGAGCAAUUAAGAAAACAUUUUGACAGUUUAUUUCCGUAUAUGCCCAAGUAAAAAUCCACUUCACUUACACGAAUGGUGUGCCAUUGCUUUGUGGCAGCAGUGGUAAUAACACGGGAGCCUCAACGAAAACGUUUCCUGAGUUCGAUUCUCAGCUCGGGUGCCGUUCUGUGUGGAGUUUUGUCCGUCCCCCACCUGUUCUGCAUCACUCCCUCCGGCCUCUCCUCCGGUGUAACGCCUGUCCCAUGCCAAAUCGGUUUUGUUCAAGCAUCCCAAUGCCGAAAAUUUCGACCUGCGCAUUUCAGCGCUGUCCUCAAUUGCAAUUACACGCAGCUGUGACUGCGCCCCCUACUGUGGCAGCCUGGCAGAACCUUCUUGAAGAAGUGUCCAGACUCGGUGAGGAUUUCCUGGGUGAACGAGCAUAAAUACGUAACGCGAAGCAAAUCUACUGUUUGAAAUAUACGCCCCGAAUCGUGGAAUGUGGCAAUGUAUUGGCGAGAGAAAGGGAUGUAUCUUCUUGGUUCUUUCGGUAAAGUCACCGAAAGAACCAAGAAGAUGAAUCCCUGCAGUCACGAAAGCUUUAAAUAGAAAGGGAUGUGUUGACUGGAUGGCAUUGCUUGUUAUUCCUGAGUAAGGCAAGGCCAUUGGAAUCUAUGGGGUUUCUUUUCUUGUGGGUACCAUUAAUCCUUUUGUGUUUUGGAAUGUACGCAUGUUGUAUAUGUGCCGUGCUAAAAAUCAGGAUCCAUCAUUUAUUUCAAUCGCACAUUUUUAUUUUGUAAAUACUGUACGGUAACUUAAUGGUGUGGUGUACGUACAAGUGCCAGUAAAUGUUGGUGACAGUGGCUGUAAUUAUUUCCGUCCGUCCCUGUGUGUACAAUUACAACAGCUGAGCAUUGUAAUUGUUGUUUCACGACUACUGAUGCAUUGUUUGCAGUUUACAUUCAUUGUGUUCUCAAUUUAAUUGGCACUUUCCCCGGCUUCUGGGAGUGCGUUCAAA